GCCACCUCCCCGGACCGCCGGCGGAGGACUCGAAGGCGCUAACGUUACGCUGUUUCCGGUUUUCCAGAGGGCUCUGUUUCCCCUCCCAAGGCGGCGGCGGCUGAGCGGCGGAGCCCCCCAAAUGGCCUGGCCAGAUGCGGCAGGUUUGCUGCUCAGCGCUGCCGCCGCCGCCGCCACUGGAGAAGGCUCGGUGCAGCAGCGACAGCGACAGCAGCAGCAGCAGCAGCAGCGAGAGCAGCAGCAGCAGCAGGAGCAGCAGCAGCAGCAGCGGCGGCGGCAGCAGCAGCAGCAUCUCCCGUCCCGCUGCGCCCCCAGAGCCGCGGCCGCAGCCACCGCCGCAGCCCCGCUUCCCCGCAGCCCGGAAAGCCGCCGCCCGCUCGCGAGCCGCAGCCGCCGGCGGCAUGAGGCGCGACCCGGCCCCCGGCUUCUCCAUGCUGCUCUUCGGGGUGUCGCUCGCCUGCUACUCGCCCAGCCUCAAGUCCGUGCAGGACCAGGCGUACAAGGCACCCGUGGUGGUGGAGGGCAAGGUCCAGGGACUGGCCCCGGCCGGCGGUUCCGGCUCCAACAGCACCCGUGAGCCGCCCGCCUCGGGUCGGGUGGCGCUGGUGAAGGUGCUGGACAAGUGGCCGCUCCGGAGCGGGGGGCUGCAGCGCGAGCAGGUGAUCAGCGUGGGCUCCUGCGCGCCGCUCGAGAGGAACCAGCGCUACAUCUUUUUCCUGGAGCCCACCGAGCAGCCCUUAGUCUUUAAGACGGCCUUUGCCCCCCUUGGCACCAACGGCAAAAACAUCAAGAAAGAGGUGGGCAAGAUCCUGUGCACUGACUGCGCCACUCGGCCCAAGCUGAAGAAGAUGAAGAGCCAGACAGGACAGGUGGGUGAGAAACAAUCGCUGAAGUGUGAGGCAGCAGCAGGGAACCCCCAGCCUUCUUACCGUUGGUUCAAGGAUGGCAAGGAACUGAAUCGAAGCCGCGACAUUCGAAUCAAGUAUGGCAAUGGCAGAAAGAACUCACGGCUACAGUUCAACAAGGUGAAAGUGGAAGACGCUGGGGAGUAUGUGUGCGAGGCUGAGAACAUUCUGGGGAAGGACACUGUCCGAGGCCGGCUCCAUGUCAACAGCGUGAGCACCACCCUGUCAUCCUGGUCCGGGCACGCCCGGAAGUGCAACGAGACAGCCAAGUCCUAUUGUGUCAAUGGAGGCGUGUGCUACUACAUCGAGGGUAUCAACCAGCUGUCCUGCAAGUGUCCUGUGGGAUACACCGGGGACAGGUGUCAGCAGUUCGCAAUGGUCAACUUCUCCAAGCACCUUGGAUUUGAAUUAAAGGAGGCGGAGGAGCUGUACCAGAAGAGGGUCCUGACCAUCACUGGCAUCUGCGUGGCUCUGCUAGUCGUGGGCAUCGUCUGCGUGGUUGCUUACUGCAAGACCAAAAAACAGCGCAAGCAGAUGCACAACCACCUCCGCCAGAACAUGUGCCCAGCACACCAGAACCGGAGCUUGGCCAAUGGGCCUAGCCAUCCUCGGCUGGACCCCGAAGAGAUCCAGAUGGCAGAUUACAUCUCCAAGAAUGUGCCAGCCACCGACCAUGUCAUCCGAAGGGAAACUGAGACCACCUUCUCCGGGAGCCACUCCUGUUCUCCUUCUCACCACUGCUCCUCAGCCACUCCCACCUCCAGCCACAGACAUGAGAGCCACACAUGGAGCCUGGAACGUUCUGAGAGCCUGACCUCUGACUCCCAGUCAGGCAUCAUGCUAUCGUCCGUGGGCACCAGCAAGUGCAACAGCCCAGCAUGUGUGGAGGCCCGGGCCCGGCGGGCAGCAGCCUACAGCCUGGAGGAGCGGCGCAGGGCUGCCAUGCCACCCUACCACGACUCCAUAGAUUCCCUGCGUGACUCCCCACACAGCGAGAGGUACGUGUCCGCCCUGACCACGCCCGCGCGCCUCUCGCCCGUGGACUUCCACUACUCGCUGGCCACGCAGGUGCCCACGUUCGAGAUCACGUCUCCCAACUCCGCGCACGCCGUGUCGCUGCCGCCCGCCGCGCCCAUCAGCUACCGCCUGGCGGAGCAGCAGCCGCUUCUGCGGCACCCAGCGCCCCCGGGCCCCGGGCCGGGACCAGGACCUGGCGCAGACAUGCAGCGCAGCUACGACAGCUACUACUACCCCGCGGCGGGGCCCGGGCCGCGGCGCGGAGCGUGCGCGCUCGGAGGCAGCCUGGGCAGCCUGCCCGCCAGCCCUUUUCGCAUCCCGGAGGACGACGAGUAUGAGACCACGCAGGAGUGCGCGCCCCCGCCGCCGCCGCGGCCGCGCGCGCGCGGCACGUCCCGCAGGACGUCGGCGGGGCCCCGGCGCUGGCGCCGCUCGCGGCUUAACGGGCUAGCGGCGCAGCGCGCACGCGCGGCGCGGGACUCGCUGUCGCUGAGCAGCGGCUCGGGCUGCGGCUCGGCCUCCGCCUCGGACGACGACGCGGACGACGCGGACGGGGCGCUGGCGGCCGAGAGCACGCCGUUCCUCGGGCUGCGCGCGGCGCACGACGCGCUGCGCUCGGACUCGCCGCCGCUGUGCCCGGCGGCCGACAGCAGGACUUACUACUCCCUGGACAGCCACAGCACGCGGGCCAGCAGCAGACACAGCCGCGGGCCGUCCCCGCGGGCCAAGCAGGACUCAGCGCCCCUCUAGGGCCCCCUCCGCCUCGCCCGCCCCGCUGUCUUCAAGGAGAACAGAGACUGCCGAUUGGAGAGAGGAGGGGGGGAAAUAAAAAUAUUUUUAUUUUCUAUAAAAGGAAAAAAAAGUAUAACAAAAUGUUUUAUUUUCAUUUUAGCAAAAAUUGUCUUAUAAUAGCUAACGGCAAAGACGUUUUUAUAGGGAAACUAUUUAUAUGUAACAUCCUGAUUUACAGCUUCGGGAAAAAAAAAAAAGAAACAACAAAAAAAAAAAAGAGAGAUGGGCCAAUUUUUUGACUCUUUAAUAGAAACCUAUAUUGUGGUGCCUUUUGCUGUAACGCUAAUCUGGGGCUCCUGGAGAGACACUG